UGAGUUUCCUUAGAUGGGCGGAUUUGUAGCGCCUUGGUUGACAUUGUUGUUGUUGUGGGAGUAAGAAUGUACUUAGUCGUCAAGUCUUUUUAAGACAACAAGCAAGAGGUAUUUUUGACAUUUACACAAAGCUGAACAACACAUUACCUCCUAAGGAACGGAUUUUCUGCGAUCGAAAAGCCCAGAGUGGGAGGAAAUGAGAGAGAAAUUCCGCGAGGCCGCUCAUGGUUUUUGUGCACAGCAUCCAUCUCUGACCAUUUUGCUUGCUGGAUGGUUCUCAGAGCCUGGCUGCUGCUGAGAGAUGGGCUGUUGACCUUGUCCUGGGGGCCCAGACCUCUGAAACUGCUGUCCUGUUGUGUUUGUGUGUGUUAGAAGAGGCUGACUCACUCUAACUAAUGUUAUGAAAGAUGUCAGGUGUGGCCGUAAUGGUGCUUUUGCUGUGAGGGAGAAUUGCUCUCAUGUCUUUUCUCUCUCCUGAUGCCCCCUUCUACACUGUAAAUUCAUGAUCACAUGACUUUGGAUAUGGACGCGGUCCUGUCCGACUUUGUCCGUUCUACUGGAGCUGAACCAGGACUGGCCAGAGACCUGCUGGAGGGAAAGAAUUGGGACCUCUCAGCUGCGCUGAGUGACUUUGAGCAGCUGAGACAAGUGCAUGCUGGGAACCUCUCAUGCACCCUUGCUGAGGAGAGAGAGUACCCCUCCAUUGAGAAAGAGAUGGCACGAACGGGGCGGUCCCUUUUGCAUCGCCAAGAUGAGGUUGUGCAAGCAGCCACGGAGAAGCGACUGUCGAGGGGGAUCUCUCACGCCAGCUCCACCAUCGUCUCUCUGGCUCGCUCGCACGUGUCGAGUACGGGCGGCAGCAACGAGCCGCUUCUGGACACUCCGCUCUGCACCUUCCAGUUGCCUGACCUCACCGUCUACAGAGACGACUUCCGUGGCUUCAUCGAAAGAGACCUCAUUGAGCAGUCUAUGAUGGUGGCAUUGGAGCAUGCGGGACGAUUGAACUGGUGGACUCGUUUAGGCACUGGAUGUCAGAGUUUAUUACCUCUGGCUACUAGUGGUGAUGGGAACUGCCUGUUACACGCAGCCUCACUGGGUAUGUGGGGCUUCCAUGAUCGAGACUUGAUGCUGCGGAAGUCUCUCUAUGCACUGAUGGAUCAUGGGCAGGAGAGGGAAGCUUUAAAGCGAAGGUGGAGAUGGCAACAAACCAUGCAGAACAAAGAGUCGGGACUGGUUUACACAGAAGAAGAGUGGCAGAGAGAGUGGAAUGAGUUGUUGAAACUGGCAUCUAGUGAACCCAGGAUACACUACAGCACCAACGGCAGCAACGGUGCCGAGUCACAAGAGGAGCCGGUAUAUGAGAGCCUGGAGGAGUUUCAUGUGUUUGUUCUUGCUCACGUGCUCCGCAGGCCGAUAGUGGUGGUGGCUGACACCAUGCUACGGGACUCUGGGGGAGAAGCUUUUGCACCAAUCCCAUUUGGAGGGAUUUACCUGCCUCUGGAAGUACCAGCCAACAAGUGUCACCGCUCUCCUCUCGUUUUGGCAUAUGACCAGGCUCAUUUCUCUGCCCUGGUCUCAAUGGAGCAGAAGGACUGUUCCAAAGAACAAGUGGUGAUCCCUCUGACGGACUCAGAUCAUAAGAUGCUGCCUUUGCACUUUGCUGUGGAUCCUGGGGAAGACUGGGAAUGGGGCAAAGAUGACAAUGACAAUGUGAUGCUAGCAAGUGUAACCUUAUCUCUGGAGGCCAAGCUCCAUCUGCUGCACUGCUACAUGACUGUCACCUGGCUUCCUCUACCCUGUGAGGUACAGCAGGCCCCAUUGGCCCAGCCAGAGUCCCCUACAGCGUCUGCAGGAGAGGAUGCCCGCACCCCGCCAGACUCUGGAGAGUCAGAUAAGGAGUCCGUCAGCAGCAGUUCCAAUGGCAAUGGGGACAGCAGUACUACUGGAACCAGUGGGACAACAGGCAAAACAAGUGGUGGAUCUUCCAGCUCCUCUAGCUCAUCCAGUAACAGUUCAGCAGGGACGACUGGCACAAUUGGAAAGGAGAAGGGGAAGAAAGACAAAGAAAAGGAUAAGGACAAGAAACGUGCUGAUUCCGUUGCCAACAAGCUGGGUAGCUUUGGCAAGAGCCUGGGCAGUAAGCUGAAGAAGAAUGUGGGAGGCCUGAUGACGGGGAAGAACGCAAGUGGAAGUGGAGGCAAACAAGAGGGUCUGGAGAAGAAGAAAGGCUCUCUGAGAGGUCGUAAGGGCAGUAAGGACAGCUCUCCUUCCAUUCAAACCGGCUCUGAGGACUCUGGGAAAGGUUCACCCUCCUCAAUAAGUGAACGGCAAAACGGAAGCUACUCUUCAGAAAGUGACCCUUUUAAGUACAGCUCGGAUGUGAAAGUGAGUCUUAGCAUCCUCCGAUCCGCAAUGCAAGGAGAAAGGAAGUACAUCUUCGCUGCUGUGCUCACUACUAGCAACCGUCAGCCGUUCCAGGAGGAGAUGAUCCAACGAUACUUGAUGGAUGCCGAGGAGCGCUUCCGUGCCGAACAGGAACAGCGGAGGGAAGCUGAACGGAAAGCAGCAGGAGGUCUUGCAACAACUAGUGGAUCUCAACUGAAAAAGGACGGGCCUGAGCUGAGUUACCGAGGUUUUGAAAGCAGAGAGGAAAUUACUGAUAACUCACCUCCUACUUUUAACGCAUUGAAGUCGACUUCUUUCAGUCCGAUGAUGUACUCGGGUGUGGUCCCAAUCCCAAGGCCCACCUUCAUUGACCAUUCUCCUACCCCAAUUACACAGCAUCUACAUGUGCACGGUUACAUGGAUACACGACGGCAGCUGGCAGGAGGUUCGCCGUCUUCUUACCCAGGCCUACCAUCCUAUGCUACCUUGCCCCGACACUGCCCCCUAGCACAGGGCCCUCCCCAUUCCCAGUACCACCCACCUUCCACCAGCUUGGGUAGCCCAUCCCGUAUCAUCACCCCCUGCCUGGCAUCUUUUUCCCAGGAGCAUGACCCAACUGACUACCCAACCGAACCUACCGGAGGCUAUACAAAUGGCUUGCGGGACUUGCGCACUACUUUGGACGUUCGCAAUGGGCCGAUGCCUGUGAGGCAUUACUCCUUGGGCAGUGCGGGUGGCCUUGCAAACCUGCAGUCCAGCAGAUGCCGAACGCCUACCUGCAAUUACUACGGCCACCCCGAGACGGGCAAUUACUGCUCGUACUGCUACAGAGAGGAGUUGAAGAGACGGGAAACAGAGCCGGCCAUCCACAGGUUUUGAACGGACAAUCUCUGUCCCGUUUCUCUCAUAUAGGACUCAUCGGAGCCCACCAUGUGAGCCACAUCAUAUCCUGUUUGUGUGGAUCUUGCUUUAAGACAUAAGAUCGGCCUUUCUGAACCAGGUUACUGAGACUCUGUGUCCACAGUGAAUGGGCAUUGCGGAAAUGGGACUGCUGUUGUGUUACAUUUGCUGUGGCUCAUAGGCAGGAGCUUUAAGCUCCUCACACAUUUGCUUGACGUGGUCAUCCUCUAACCUGUCUCCUUGUCUCCUCCUUGUGGUGAGAAUGUAGAACACGGGACAUUUGAACACAACAUGCUAUGUGCAUCACAUGAACAUGCUGCGUACCCCAAAAUACACAUUAAGCACAACCAGAAAAUGCGUAUUUAUAUUAGCUACAAUUAAUCCAUUUAUAUCAGCUGCAAUCAAAAUCAGACUUGCCAUAUUGCGAGCGUAAGGCAACAACACUCUGUUAGCUUCGAGUGUUAUCCACAUUGGCCCGUUUUACUGUAAAGCUACAAUACUUUAACUUGCACCCAUUUUGAAGCCAUACUUAGUUGGCUUAAAUGAGCUAUUAUGGUGCUUUCUCGCUUCUAAGAUGUUUAACUUAUGGAGCUGACAAAGGGUUCGUUUUAGGUCUUUAUAUGCCCCGAUUAAAAAUUGCAGUCAUUUCCGUUCUAUUAAGUGUUUCUAGAACAUUUAAAAGUGCAAAUCCUUUCAAAUUAGCGCAAAGAAAUCCCUUUCUCAAGGAAAGAAAUCGGACGUAUUUUUUUUGGAAAUGGUACAUCAUGUGGUAGUAUUCAAGUAUUAUGUUGGUAAUAUUGAUAUAAUAGUUCUAGGUACUUGCUGGUCAAAGGGGGUGGAUGUUGAAAACAAUUUCUGACCUCUUCAAAUGUUACUGCUGCACCAAAUAAAAUGGUGUUCCUUUAUGAUAUUGGGGUUAACGCAUCAGCUUCCAUCAAAUUCACUGGACACAAGAUAAUUGAUAGACGCAGUAUCGCCCCCAGAGUAGUUGCUGCACCAAAUCAAGCACUUUUCUCAUGUCCAGAGGUUGUGCAUGUGGGUUUUAGAUGAAUAGACUGUUAUGUUGCUGUGCUUCUAGUCUGGCGGUUUGCUCCGUUCUGGAGGCAGAGCUUGCGGUUCCACUUGCGUGGACUGCGGAGGUCAGGGUUCGGCUGUAGGUGCCACUGUGUUGUGCGCAAACUCACUUGUUUCCUAGUUGCCUUUUCAGUCUUAGUUCAGUCCUCCCAUGAGGAUUGUUGAACUGAAUUUCUACUUUUGUUUGGUUUUGGAUUCACAGUGCUGAUUCUAGUGGUUUCAAUGUUUGUGGACGUAGAGGGAUGCUAGCAGAUCUCUCUAAACUAUACGAUGCACCUUGAGUCGAGAUUUUGUGACAAACGCUUUCAAAAUCCUUUUACACUGUUAGCAGAAAGUACAGCCUCUGAUAAAGCCAGUUGUACGAGUCAGCCAGAAAUGGAAAAUGCUGUCAUUUACUCUCUCUUGCAUGCAGUUCAAAACCCGUAUGACUGGGAAAUAGAAAAUGAAAAUGUCCAUUUUCCAUACAAUGAAAGUAAAUGUGAAG